AUGCCGAAGAGAAGAGACAUUCUUGCCAUCGUGUUGAUAGUGUUACCGUGGACUCUGCUCAUCACCGUUUGGCACCAAAGCGCAAUCGCUCCGCUGCUCGCCAUCCGCAAGGGUACAUACUCAAUCCUCCGCUUUGUCAUAAGUCCUCUGUUGCAUGGUGUAGGACUAUUCAAUAGCCAAUUCCAAUUCAGUCACAUGCCCAGUCACAGAACAUCAUGGUACAGUACAUACAGUCCAACACAUGCCUUCCACAGGGUCUGCUUCAUCAUAUUGUAAUAUAGGUCAAUUGUCUGUUAAGGCUAUCCACUUCUUGGUAAGUGUCCUUUGAUUCGCACAGCCACCAUCCGCAGCUUGUGGUUGGAGUAAAGCUAAUUUACACUCAGCAUAUGGUCUUCAGCAGUCAUUCAGCUAAUCUUUUUAGCAGUUAAACUGUAGCAGACUUUUCAAAUCAAAAAGGAGACUAGAUUAAUUUCUAAUGCCCUUUAAUCAGCAUCUGAAAUAAUAAUAUGUGCUCCCUGAUGGCUUCCAGGCAGGCUUUAUUGAAUAUUCUGUGUCAAUGUGAUUAUGUGGCUCCCACAUACUGUACACAAGCCUGAGACUUUAUCUCACACUCACAUUGUGACCCCAAGUGACCAUAAUAAACCAAUGUGUGAUAUGUCAAGUACAGUACUCUGUCUGGUGAACAGAACCAUAUUAAAAAGGCCCAAUGCAGCUGUUUUUAUCUCAAUAUCAAAUCCUUUCUGGGUAACAAUUAAGUACCUUACUGUUAGCUUUUUCAAUUAAAAUGGUAAAAAAUAGCAAUUUCUCAAUCAAGGAUUUUGCUAGGACUGUCUGGGAGUGGUCUGAGUGAGGGGCCUAAUUGGACGAGCCUAAUGGGAGGGAUAUGUAACCUGAAAACUAGAUGUUAUUGACAGAGAGGUUUGAAACUCUCUUUCUUAUUGGCCUUUUAACUUACACCGCCUAGUGAUGUCACCAGGCAGGCCAAAACUCCUUCACACCAAAACAGGCUGAAAUUUCAGGCGGUCUUUUCAAACAGCUCUUAUACUAAAACAGCAUUGUCAUCGUUUUCACAAUUGUACAGCAUUAUUCCAACCUCAGUGUGGAAAUAUAUAUAAAACACAGGAACAUUAAAAUUUGACUUCACUGGGCCUUUAAGGUGACAGUAAAUCAAUAGCGUUCUUUGCCUCCUUCCAUUUGCCAUCAAGGUGAAAUGUAGGAUGUAAAAUAGGCAGGUUUCCACAAAUCAACUGAAUCCUUCAAAGAAUGCUUUCUGGCAGCCACCGCAGAACAUCUGGCCAUCACGAGAUUGUGUUAAUCUGCUGUGUGAUGCAGAAAUAUCAUUUUUAUGUCUGAAGUGAGAACCUCCUCUCUAACAGAGCACUGAUAAAGUUUGCCAUUAACUAUGGAACAAUGUGGGGAGAAAUUAACUACCUUAAUGAUCCAAUAAUGAUAUUCUAUCCAUCAUAGAGGGCUAUAGGGGCCACGUAAUCAGAGCUCCACUACUGGAAUAGACCCUGUCCCUGCCACGGCUGUUCCAGCUGAAUGAGUAGAGGCAGCCAGGGGAGCCGCUGCCCUAACCAUACUGUAGCCAUGUUGUCCACUCACCUCACGCUGCCUGCUUUCACUCUUUGCAGCCUGUCACCACCUAGUAAAAGAUAUCUUUAUCAUACCAGAGAGGCUUGCAGUCCAUCGACACCGACUCGCAGGUACUUGCCUCUUGGAUUGUGUCACUUGAGAUUAUACAGCGGGAAACCCCGCCCUGGGGCGUGCUAAUGCCUUACAUGUCUUCCUGUUCCCCUGCAGAUGACGGAGCCGACGGAGGGCGGCGGGAGGCAGGCCAGGCCAGCGACUCUAAGGAGUACUGCUCCUCUGAUAAGGACAUAGUGGAGGUGGUGAGGACGGAGUACGUGUACACGCGGCCGCCGCCAUGGUCCGACGUGCUGCCCACCAUCCACAUCAUCACCCCCACCUACAGCCGCCCGGUCCAGAAGGCAGAGCUGACGCGGCUGGCCAACACCUUCCUCCAUGUGUCCAACCUGCACUGGAUCCUGGUGGAGGACUCUCAGAGGAGGACCCCACUGGUCACACGCAUGCUCCGGGAAACAGGCCUCAACUACACCCACCUGAACGUGGAGACUCCCAGGAACUAUAAGCUGCGUGGGGACACGCGGGACCCCAGGAUACCCCGGGGCACCAUGCAGAGGAACCUGGCACUGCGCUGGCUCAGAGAGACCUUCAACUCCAACAGCAGCCAGGCAGGCAUUGUCUACUUCGCUGAUGAUGACAACACCUAUAGCCUGGAGCUGUUUGAGGAGGUCAGUCCAGGCCUGGGGCGCACUGGCAUCUCAUGGCCACGUCUGGUCCACUAGAUUCACUUUAGUAACACUGAUCACAAUAGUAGUGGGGAGUUCACAGCACAUAAUUUAAGAAUUAAUUACAUUUAUUUUAAUUUGGAACAAUUUUAGUACAUCGAAUGGUGGCUACUCCUACUCCUAGUAGUAAUAGAUUGUGGUUAUUGCUUGAAGCAUUUUGAUUCCCAUUACCAACAACAGUGGUCCGAGGAUAAGUUUGAACUUGGUAAUUAGUGCCCCAGGCCAUCCAUUUUAACUCAAGACACAUUGGCCUGGCUUGAAUGGAUGCUGUUGGGCCCUGGGGCAUUAGCCUCAGGUCUUGCUAGUGUGAACGGGGCAGGUUGUAAAUGAUGCGCUCUGUAUCGAUGGGCCUGUCAUUACCUUUCCCUGGAAAUCAGGCAGGGUGCUCUCCCUAUCCCUAGAAGCCUUCCAUCACUUAAGAGAAACCACUCAGUGAGAAACCACUCCGACACAACUGACAGAGCAGUAAAUAUCAGACCAUUCUCAUAGACCCGCUAACAGGUGUAAGUCAUGGAGGUGAUGGUUAUGGAGAUAAGGCAGAAAACAGCUACAUGUGAAGGGGUUUAAAGUAGACAUCCAUCCAAGAGAUUGUAUGUUGUUGUGAUCUGGACAUGAAUUAACCUGACUGGAAAGAUGCCAGCUUGUUCAGCUUGACCUGGCAUUUGAAAUAUGAAUUUUUUUACAAAUUAACUAAUUCAUAAUGUCAUGAACUCUUGCCCAGACAUGGCAUGAAUUCGAUGUGGAUACACGGGUUACAAAUACAACAGCUGAAUAAAAUAUGUACAGCAAGGAACUGUAAUGGCCAACCUAACCUUCUGGUAUUGCUCCAUUACAUUACAUUAAGCAGAUGCUCUCACCCAGAGUAAACCAAACCAUGGGGAAACAUUCCAUGUCGAGAGACAUGGGCAGAGACUCUGCUGUAAAUUGUGAAAAUUAAAAUAGCUGAUGAAAUAUGCAUCUGCCAUAGUUUUAGAAAAUCACUGUAAAGGGGUGAUUGGAAACACAUCUGGGCCACCGAGACCAGGACUCUGCCAGGCUAGCCACUCAGGGCGGCAGGUAGCUUAGUGGUUAAGAGCGUUGUGCCAGUAACCGAAAGGUCGCUGGUUCUAAUCCCCGAGCCGACUAGGUGAAAAAUCUGUCGAUGUACCCUUGAGCAAGGCACUUAACCCUAAUUGCUCCUGUAAGUCGCUCUGGAUAAGAGCAUCUGCUAAAUGACUAAAAUGGGUGCAUUCAUUAUUAAGCUUUUGUAAAAAAAUGCUUAUGUUGCCUUUCCAAAGCCACAAGGAAUAUUUACCAGCAGCGCCUGCCUCUAUUUUAAUCAUAUCUAUCCUUCUCUAUCAGCAUCCACAUUCAACAAUGUCAACCAGAUCACUUAGAAUAGAAUAUAUCACCUCAGUUGAAUACCUUUUUAGAUCAUAAAAUAAGUAUUUGAUAUUUGCUUCUGGCUUAGGCAUCAUUGUAUUGAUGAAAAUGGGCCACCGUUUAGGAGUUGAACUAAUCAUUUUCUACUGUGUUCUCUAUGGAUUAAGCCAUCAAUUCCAUGUCUUAAAGACAGAUAAUCAACCAAUAGCAGUAUAAAUCACCCGAUAGCAGUAUCAGCCUAUUUCUGAGUGGCGCAGUGGUCUAAGGCACUGCAUCACAGUGCUAACUGUGCCACUAGAGAUCCUGGUUCGAAUCCAGGCUCUGUCGCAGCCGGCCGCGACCGGGAUACUCAUGGGCGGCGCACAAUUGGCCCAGCGUCGUCCAGGGUAGGGGAGGGAAUGGCCGGCAGGGAUGUAGCUCAGUUGAUAGAGCAUGGCGUUUGCAACGCCAGGGUUGUGGGUUCGAUUCCCACGGGGGGCCAGAAAAUAAAAAAUAUAUAAAAUAUGUAUUCACUAACUGUAAGUCGCUCUGGAUAAGAGCGUCUGCUAAAUGACUAAAAUGUAAAUGUAAAACUCACUUUAGAGACUCUCCUCACCCUCUCCUGUGCUCCAGAUUGAUUAAUACACCCGGAUGUCUCCCGUCUCCCUUUAAAGUUUGGGAUUAGUUUCCUUUGUUGUGCUCGGACUUCAAGAACAUAGGCAAGCUGUCUCUGUGGGCCUCCCCCAUCACUCGCCUCGCCCCAAUAAAAGAAACAUAGCUUACACACACACACACACACACACACACACAGAGAGAGAAAAAAAAGGAAACACUUCAAAUCCACAAAAAUGGGGCAGCACUUCAUGGCAUUUCCACCAGCUCAGCUCUAAACUGAGGAGAGACUGGGUGCCGUUUUAGCACUGAUUCCCGUUAGUGGCAGCCUUGGAAACAUUAAUUUUCACAUUGUAGCAUGGAGGGAGAGGGGCAACCCCCCUGACGAUGUUUGAGACAGUUUCAUUCCAGAACCAAACCCUUGAGGAAAACAGCUAUUUCACUCAUUGGAAAGAUGCAUGAUCUAAACUUGUGAUAAAAGUCUGUUUUCUAAUUAACAUAAAUCACAUGUGACCCUUGGGAGAAGGUGAUGUCAUCCCUAACACACUAUCAUGUGAAAUGUUAUCUGGGUGGCUAGCCUGGCAGAGUCCUGGUCUCGGUGGCCCAGAUGUGUUUCCAAACUUCACUCAUAAACCCUGGCCAUCUCCAUCCUGUUCACACAGACACACAACUCCGCUCUGAUCCCUUGGGCUGAUGGGUAAUCAUCAGAUACGGCUAGAAUAUUGGGACACACAGAGACCUGUUUCCACAGUGUUGUCCCACCCACCACACACCUCUCUCUGCUACACACCUCAUUUAAAAAGCACUUCCACAACAGUACACCAGCACCACUAUUAUUUCUACUGCAUUGAGUGUGUAUAAAUGACUCUACAGUUCACCCAUCCUCAUUAGAACACUUCCUUUCAUUAUUUGGGCAGCUCUUUCUCGCUGCCAGUGGUGCAGAAAUACAGUCGACAAAGAGCUGGCGGCCGGGAGAUCGUUUGAUGCUGGAAGAUUAAAGAACAAACCUGAGCCUCUGAGGAACGGAAGAGUCCAGGCACCUUUCAAGCAUCUCCUCAACCAACCUGCUCUCAUCCACUCUGUAUAAUGGCCCUGGUCCUCAAACCCACUUAGUUCUGUCCAUGUUUGCUCUUCUUGGGCUGGGUCCAUCACGGUGGGCCUGCAUGGCUCCUGUGAUACAUGCAACUGUCGCUUUCAGCUUGUCUGGCUCUAUUUAUAAAAUUGUUUGCAAUGAAAACUAUAAUGUAUCUUGCCUUGUUGGCACAUCUCGUAUAGACACUGACACACUGAUCCUGUUCAUUAGAAAUACAAACAGCGCAAAGAUGCGUAACUCUCUCUGUCCUCUCUUCCUCUCUAUCCAGAUGAGGUCAACAAGGAAGGUAUCUGUAUGGCCCGUGGCCUUCGUUGGCGGCCUGCGCUACGAGUCGCCCAAGGUCAACGCAGCAGGGAAGGUGUACGGCUGGAAGACUGUGUUCGACCCUCACCGGCCCUUUGCCAUCGACAUGGCGGGCUUCGCCAUCAACCUGCGGCUCAUCCUCUUCAAGCCCCAGGCCUACUUCAAGCUGCGGGGAGUGAAGGGAGGCUACCAGGAGAGCAGCUUGCUCCGGGAGCUGGUCACACUCAACGACCUGGAGCCCAAAGCAGCUAAUUGCACUAAGGUAAUGCACAGCAGAUAGAGCAAAAUAGAUGCUUUCUUUUUACAUGUUAGACUCUGUCAUUUUACACCAGAAUAUCCUCAUUUUAUCUAUUGGUAUUUUAUAUAAUGUCAGGCAAAUGUGAAAUCCAUACUCAGAUGAUCCUCUGGUAGAUCCAACUUUAGUGCAGAGGCAAGUUCACCCUCUCCAAAACAACUUCAUAUAUAACCAGUUGCUAAAAAAGUCAGCGGAUCCAUUAGGUAACUGGCAGGCUCCCCACACGGUGGGUGUGAUUGUAAAAGGCUUCAGGACACAGUGUGGUGUUUCAUGCCCACUUCAUUUCCGGCCUGGCUGUUCCCUGCCUGGCCCUGGCCCCAGCCGCUAAGCCUCUUGCUGGGCAGAGAGGAGUCGGCCAGGGGCCUUAGCUCACCACCACUCACACUCACAGGAUGGGAUAUUCAGCCUGAUUAUAUUCAGGACUCCUGGAGGGGAGUAGAUUAAAAGAGGGGGGCGUCCUAGUAUGCAUUCAGCCCAGAUGAGCACAGGGAGAGGGAUGGGGGUUGAGCCGGGCUCCGGCACCUCUCCUCCUUAUAAUCUACCUCUUCAGACGCAAGUGUGACUAUUAACCUCAUCUACACCUGGGUAAAGUGGGAGUUGGCUUCUGGCGGAGGCAGCUCAAACACGCCUCAUGCAUAAUUCAUUACUGAGGUGGAGGAGAUGAAAGGUAGGGCUGCUCAGAGACUGAGGGGAGAGAGGAAGAAAAUGAGCUCUAUACGUCGAUUCAUUUCCACCAUCAAUCUCCUGGAUGUGUGUCUGGUCUCCAGGGCCAAAUCAUCCCACUCCAAAGGCUUGAUUGGGGCUAUAGUUACCGGUAUGUGACGCACCCAAAAGAACUGAGCUGCAUCACUUACAAAGAUCCAAAAAGAAGAGCAAGUUCUUAUUUUUCACUACGGGGGAACUCUCUAUUCACUAUCAUCUAAUGUUAAGCAGGGCCGAGCUGACACGCCGGAGUACAUACUUAUAGGUUUCCUAUUGUACUGUUCUUGUUGCUAUAUCUGGGAGUAGAAGAACAUUGCCACAGCCCACGCAAAGAGGAGUGUGGAGGAGUGAAUGGGUGUGUGUUAGUUCGUGAGAGUGCUGCCUGAUGCUGAUUCUUUUCUCUGAUAUUUCUCUACAGAUUCUCGUUUGGCACACUAGGACGGAAAAACCUGUCCUUGUAAAUGAGGGAAAGAAAGGAUUUACAGACCCCAAUGUGGAGAUUUGA